AUGACAUAUAUCGUCGGCAUCUCGAACAAGAGGCCUAACGCCUAUAUUUUAGCAAUGUUUCCUUAUCCAUCUGGGAGGUUGCAUAUGGGCCACCUGCGUGUGUAUACCAUAACAGAUGUUCUGGUCAGGUAUUAUCAGUCUCUUGGACAUGAAGUUAUUUUUCCAAUGGGCUGGGAUGCUUUUGGUCUACCCGCUGAAAAUGCAGCGAUUGACAGACGCGUUCUUCCUGAUCAAUGGACGCACGAAAAUAUUCAAAACAUGCGCAAGCAGCUUACUACGGACAUGAGCUUGUCUGUCGAUUGGACACGUGAAUUUGCUACUUGUGACCCAGAUUAUUACAAGUGGACUCAGUGGCUUUUCAUUAAGCUAUUCAAUGCCGGACUUGCCUACAGGCGUUUGGCUGAAGUGAAUUGGGAUCCUGUCGACAAAACUGUUCUUGCUAAUGAGCUUAUUGAUGCAGAAGGCAGGUCUUGGCGUUCUGGAGCUGUUGUAGAACGAAGAGUAAUGCGUCAGUGGUACUUCAGGACACUCGCAUAUUCCGAGUCACUCAAAAACGGUUUAGAAGAGGUUAAGGGCCAUCAAUGGCGGGACGUCAUCCAAAUGCAGCAAGGUUGGAUAGGUCCAAUCGACGGUUUCGCCGUGGAAUUUGACUUGGACUUCCAUUCGACAGAGAAGGAAUUGCAGGGUGAGCGUUUGGCUGUUUUCACCAAAAACCCUGGUCUUGCUGCUGCUGGGGCCAUCAACUUUGUUGCCGUGGGACCUCAGAGCAUUUUCUGGAAUGAGCGAUUUCGGUUGCCCCCAUCUGAUCGCGGGCCCAAUGCGUCACGGAAACUCGUUCUGACAAAUCUAGGUCCUUUUUCGCGAAAACUCUCUGUACAGCCUGCCGCAGUCUGCAACCCUUGGCCCGAAAAGCUCAACAUUAGUGUUAAACACUUACUUACUGACAGCUUCAUUCCGAUUAUCUACGAUCCUGAAUUAUAUUCCAGUGUUGAAUAUGAAACGCCAAUUGAGUUGGGUACUCCUGACUUGUGCUUCCGUCACAGGGAACUGAGUCGUGUUCUUGAGCUCCCAUCGCCUGUGUGCCAACUCGAAGCUAUUUCCUCGGAGAAUGUGGGUAAUGCAACAAACCUCAGGGUUAAGUACAGUCCUGCAACAAAGUUUAAUGGACUUGAUUUGAGUGCGGCCAACGCUCUGGCAGUGGAAGAAUUGAUGACUUCUGAUUACCGACUGUACCGGUGCAGUCAACAACGGAAGGAUUGGUCGGUAUCCAGGCAGCGGUACUGGGCCACGCCGAUCCCGUUGGUGCAUUGUUCAAGGUGUGGCACCGUGGCCGUACCCGAGGAGGACCUGCCUGUUGAGCUCCCGCGUUUGGACGAGCCACUGGGACGCGGUGACGUUCCUCUGAAAGAAAACUACGCGUGGCGUCGAACAGUCUGUCCCAGUCGAGACGUGUAUAUCGGGAGGCGUGGGGGCAUCUGCAACCACGCAGUUUUAUUUCCGAACUGCCCGUUUAAGAGCCGUUCUGUGGACCCUGGCAUGGAGGUAGACUGGUGA